GAGGAGAAACCAUUUAAAUGUAUUGAAUGUGGAAAGAGCUUCAGCCGAAGUGGAACACUUAGAAGACAUCAACGAACUCACACAGGGGAGAAACCAUUUGAAUGUUUUGAGUGUGGAAAGAGCUUCAGUGAAAGUGAAAACUUAGAAAUACACCAACGAAUUCACACGGGGGAAAAACCAUUUAAAUGUAUUGAAUGUGGAAAGAGCUUCAGUUAUAGUGAAUCAUUUAGAAUACACCAACGAACUCACACAGAGAAACCGUUUAAAUGUAUGGAAUGUGGAAAGAGCUUCAAUGAAAGUGGAAAACUUAGAAGACAUCAACGAACUCACAAGGGGGAGAAACCAUUUAGAUGUAUUGUAUGUGGAAAGAGUUUCAGAAAAAGCGGAGCACUUAGAAUACACCAACGAACUCACACAGGGGAGAAACCAUUUAAAUGUAUUGAAUGUGGAAAGAGCUUCAGUCGAUAUGAGCACCUUAAAAUACAUCAACGAACUCACACAGGUGAGAAACCAUUUAGAUGUCCUGAAUGUGGAAAGAGCUUCAGUGAAAGUGGAAAACUUAGAAUACACCAACGAAUUCACACGGGGGAGAAACCAUUCAAAUGUAUGGAAUGUGGAAAGAGCUUCAGUGAUAGUGGAUCACUUAGAAGACAUCAACGGACUCACACGCGGGAGAAACCAUUUAAAUGUAUUGAAUGUGGAAAAAGCUUCAGUAAGAAUGAAGCACUUAGAGUACACCAACGAACUCACACAGGGGAGAAACCAUUUAAAUGUAUUGAAUGUGGAAAGAGCUUCAAUGAAAGUGGAGCACUUAGAAUACAUCAAAGAACUCACACAGGGGAGAAACCAUUUGAAUGUUUUGAGUGUGGAAAGAGCUUCAGUUGUGGAAAGAGCUUCAGUGUUAAUGGAAAACUUAGACUACAUGAACGAAUUCACACGAGGGAAAAACCAUUUAAAUGUAUUGAAUGUGGAAAGAGCUUCAGUUAUAGUGAAUCAUUUAGAAUACACCAACGAACUCACACAGGGGAGAAACCGUUUAAAUGUGUGGAUUGUGGAAAGAGCUUCAGUCGAAGUGGGGCACUUAAAAGUCAUCAGCGAAGUCAUACAGGGGAGAAGCCAUUUAAAUGUAUGGAGUGCUGUAAGAGCUUCAGUCAAAGUGGACACCUUAGAAGACAUCAGCUAACUCACACAUGAUGAAAACUACAGGUGUAUUGAAUGUCGAAAGGGGUUCAGAGGGAGUGGAGACCUUAAUAUUCAUCAGCAGAUUCGCACUAGGCAAACAAUAUUAAUGUAUGGAGUUUUUCACUCAGGGUUCACUACUUACAUCAAGAAACUCAUAAGGGGGAAAUCAGUUGUAAAUACAUGUAAUGAUAUUUUAGUGUUUGUACUUAAAUUUGUACACACGUAUAUAUGAAUUUAGUGAUGUAUAGAAGUGGGAGCUGGACCAUAAAGAAGACUGAUCACUGAAGAAUUUAUGCGUUUGAGUAAUGGUGUUGGAGGAGGCUCUUGAUUGUUACAUGGACUGCAAGAAGAUCAAACCUCUCCAUUCUUAAGGAAAUCAGCCCUGAUUGCUUACUGGAAGGACAGAUUCUUAAGCUGAA